ACUCCGCGGCAGAGCGAACGCUUCCACAGAGGAAAAGGCGCUGUUGUGUUUGCGGAGUCAUGGAACUGUACCUGGACCUCCUCUCUCAGCCUUGUCGCUCCGUGUAUAUCUUCGCCAAGGCGAACAACAUUCCUUUCGAGUUCAAGAACGUGUCUCUAUUCACUGGUGAGCAGCACGGUGAAGAAUUUGGAAAGGUCAACCCAAUUAGGAAAGUACCAACACUUAAAGAUGGCGACUUCUGUCUGGCUGAAAGCAUUGCUAUCAUGCAGUAUCUGGCUGAGAAGUGCAAGACUCCCGACCACUGGUACCCAGCUGACCUCCAGAAACGGGCACGAGUGAACGAGUACUUGUCUUGGCAGCACAUGGCCAUCCGCUGGCAUGGGUCAAAAAUGUUCUGGUUGAGGCUUUUGAUUCCCAAAGUGCUGGGAACGAAUGUCUCCCAAGACAAGAUGGACGGUGCUUUAGAGGACCUGAACCAUUCCCUCUCACUCAUCGAGAAUAAGUUCUUGCAGGACCGACCCUUCAUUGCUGGAGACCAAAUUUCUUUGGCUGACCUGGUCGCUAUUGUGGAGGUGAUGCAGCCUGUCGGUUCUGGUUUGGACGUGUUUGAAGAUAGGCCCAAGCUGUGCGCCUGGAGGGACAGAGUUCAGGCUGCUAUCGGAAAGGAACUCUUCGAUGAAGCCCAUCAGGCCAUUAUGGGGGCCCAGGAGAGGGUGGGCCAGAUGGAUGGCAGCAAGAUGCAGAGCCUCAAGCCCAAAAUCCUCAGACAUUUCAUGUGAAAAGCAGCAGGCUGGCACACCAGAUAAUGUGUUUCCAAAGUAAAUAUCAAAGCUGUUUUAGUUGCCGUGUGAACUAAUGUACGACUGAGUUUCAAGCUCAGGUUAUCUGUUGUGUAACCCUGAGUAAAGGCCACAUUCUUUAUUACAUGCAGACUUGCAUUCUUUGCGUAUACACAGAUGUCAAGAGGUAAUAAAACAGUCAUAUAGCUGCACAGAUGCCCCUUUGUCGCAUUUGUCAAUUCCUCAGCUCUUCAUUUGUGCUUUGUCAUGAUUGCCUCAAUCCCAGGGACUGAUUCACAACCGGCAAAAAUGAAUGUAGUAAGUAAAAUCCUGGUGUGUCCUUUAAAAUGAUUUUUGGUCCCCUGUGAAACACAGUAUGAUGGUUUCUGGUUGCAAUAAACUUUUCAAA